CCCGUGACGCGUGAAGCUCCCUGGGUGUCUGCUGUGGGUUGCAUGUCCCUUCACAGUUCGGAUUUAGCUGUGCAGCAUUACUCGCUGGAUCAGUUUUUUUUUUCCUAUUCUCACAACAGCGGAUUGUUACGAAAAGAAAGCUGCUGCAAGCAACUUUUCCCUGCAUAUUUCCCCCCCUACCAGAAUAUGUCGUUGACCAACACAAAGACGGGCUUUUCUGUAAAGGACAUUUUGGACCUUCCUGACACGAAUGACGAGGACGGAUCUAUCACCGGAGCGGAAGAAGACACGGAGGGAUCAGAGACCGCAUCCACGACGAAAAACGGUGGAGUUUUGGUGCAAAGUCCUCUAGAAAACGUUCAGAAUCUACCUUUAAAGAACCCCUUUUAUGACAGUACUGACAAUCCCUACACACGAUGGCUCGCUACUACGGACAGUAUUCAAUAUUCAUUGUUUCUCCCGUUUCUUGUCGCAGUGCACGGUUUGUCCGCCAGCUCUCAGGACUCGGCCAAGUCUCCGGAGCCGUCUGCGGACGACGAAUCCCCCGACAACGACAAGGAGACGUCCAGCAGCGGCGGCAGCGACUCGGGCAAGAAGCGGAAAAGGAGGGUGCUGUUCUCCAAGGCGCAAACCUAUGAGUUGGAGCGCCGCUUCAGGCAACAGAGGUACCUGUCCGCCCCAGAGAGGGAGCACUUGGCCAGCCUCAUCCGUCUCACCCCGACCCAGGUGAAGAUCUGGUUCCAGAAUCACCGGUAUAAGAUGAAGAGAGCCCGGGCCGAGAAAGGACUUGAGCUGUCUUGUAUAAACCCAUCAGUGUGCUGCAGUCAGGUGGGCUGGAUGGGGGGCAGCGCCAACAAUCAGGUUCCCAGAGUUGAGUGUUUAUGCCUUUCCCUUAAUGGAUUGUCUCACCUUCUUCAGAGGAUGAACAUGAGGUGCUUGAGAUGCCAGCACUGCCAAUGGAUCCAGGGGCUUUGAGCGUGAUAACGAGCAGCUGUCAUCUGUUUCAGAUGUGCUUUAAUCAACGGGUGUGAUGAUCAAAGAGCAGCAAUGUGGCUGUUUUAACAAUUGAGAUUGUAUAAUUAACUUACUGUUUUAAAAGGAUGUAAAGAAUAUGAAGCAAACUCUGCUCCGAUUUUCUUUGCGUACUCAAGCUACAUGGUAAAUUCAUCAGCUUUGAAGCUGCACUUAAAGGACAUAAAUACAAGUAAUUAUGUUAAUAUUCUCUAGCAGACUGUGCUUAACGGAUAGGACAUUUCUGAGUAUUGCACUAUUUUGAUCCACUCUGUGAUUCUGUGAUUUCUCACAUUCUCUAUUUAUUCUCCUUGUGGUGUGGGAUAUUGAAGCAAUAUUUGGACCAAAGGCACCGUGGCAACUAUGUUUUCAUCGUAACGCAGAACUGACAACUGUGAGAGGAUCAUUGCUGGGCUCUAACAUACAUACACUCACCAUUCAAUAUGAUAAAGAAUAGCACCACAUAACAUUAGUCAGACACUGCUCUGGUGGAAUAUUUGUCAGGCUUCUUCUUGCAACACCUUUUUUGUUAUUUGGUCUGGUGAAAUGCGACAGUGGGAAACAGUCAAAAACCAAUUGUUUUUUAUUGCUUAGAUGUUGCUGUAAGGAAAUAAUGCUGAUAUAUUUUGACCUCUGAGACUGUCAGGUAUUUGUUUAAGUUCUUCUUUUAUGAUUUAACAUGUCACAAUGUUUUGUAAACUGUUGCUUCAACAAAUUUUCAAGUGUUUUGUGCUGCUUGGAACAAAUGUCCCUUUUCACUGUAACUGAAAGCAUUAUUGUUUGAAUUCAAGCAUGUUAUAAGUAACACAUGUAACCUGUGUUUUUUUAUGCAUUUACAGUUAUGAAGAACAUUUAAAAUUGUACUCACAUGUGUCUUUUUUGUUUUUAAUCAGCAUGCAAACUUUUAGAGUUUUCUGCUACAACUCAAAAUAAAAUGAAAUUUAAAAAAAUGUUUCUACAGCCACAAAAUAUCUCAACAUAUAUGGAAGAAUAAACACAUCAUAGUUGUAUGGGAUACACAAGUUAUAAAAUUUACUAACACAAAUAAAGGACUUUGAAAUGUGAAUACUAAAAAAAUGUUUUUGUUCAAGGUUUUUUUGCAGAUCUGGCAUACUGCAUUUUUAAACUUCUUUCAGUUGUUGCUCAUUUUUGUCUUGUUUUUGUGUCAUGAAUCAACAGUGUAAUAUAUGAAAGA